CUCGCACUCAGCUUUUCUUCCUCCAAACUUUCCAUGUGAACCCAAAUCCCUUCCUUCGUUAUUGCUUUGUCAUGGGUGCCUCUUUUGUUGCUCAUGUGCUUUUUUUACUAUGCUUCUUUGCUACAACCUUCAGCUUCUUCUUAAAAGCAGAGUCAAAUGUCUCUUGCAGUGAAAAAGAGAAACAAGCACUUCUAAACUUCAAAAAAGGUCUCAGUGAUCCUUCGAAAAAGUACUCAUGGUCUGACCAGGAAGAUUGCUCUGGAUGGUGGGGAGUUUACAAUGACAACAAAACUGGUCUAGUCACUGGGCUAUACAUAAAUGAGGUUUAAAGUGUAAAGUGAUCAUAUUAAGUAAAGCUACAAUUGUGCUUUUUAUAAACCAGGUUCUAUUGUUUUAUACGUUAAAUUUAUAUUAUUCUAGUUAAAUUGUAAUUUUUAUUAUUAUUAUAGAUUGUAUUUCAUUUAUUUGUAAA